CUCACAUUCUGUUAAAAAUGGCCAGGACAGACGGUUUUGGAUACUGGCUGCCCACGAAAACAGAAGGACCAUGGAUGCCAAGCUGUUGGUAGUAGGCUAUAUUCUUAGUCUCAUGACCCUUGUGUCAUCUGUUUCCGACCCCUGUAACAACUACACUGUCUUGGAUGAACCCUGGAGGGCUACCAACUACACUGAUGACUUCAAUCAUUGCGACAGUCACGUCUCCUGGCACGGCUGGUACCGGUUGCUCUAUCAUGGACAGACCAUACGGAUGCCUGAGAAGUGCCUAGGUCCAGAUGGAUGCGGCACCGCUGGCAAACUGUGGAUGAAUGGAACCCACCCCCAACCACAGGAAGGGAUAGUUACGAGGGAGAUGUGUAAGGCGACCCGUACCGACUGCUGUUUUGACAGAGCUCCUCCGAUUCAAGUCAAAGCUUGUCCAGGAGACUAUUAUGUCUAUCAGUUUGUGGCGCCCAAUGGCUGCAAUUAUGCUUACUGUGCAGAUGUGGACACCUUAUCCACAAAUGCUACUCCUACAUCUCCACCUGUGCAAAACACAACAGUCUCUAACCCUUGUGAUGAAGUCCACUGCACAGAAGAUGAGAUAUGUGGGGAAGUACAUGGAAUCUAUGGCUGCUUGUGCAGUCAGAGCCAUCACCGACGUACCCCAGAGUCAUUUGGUUUGGUUGCCACAUGUCACAAUAGCUCCUGCUGGAUCUCACUGUCCCGCUGCCUCCUCUUUGAGGCUGGCUUUCCUGCUCAAGUUCUACACCUCAGCGACGUGAACUGCACCGGCACAGUCCGAGAUGGACGGGUGGAGUUCCAUUUCAACAAUGACGACCAGAAAUGCGGAACUGUUCUAAAGACCAAUAAAACCCACUUCAUCUACAAGAAUUCUAUUCAGGGGACGGCCAACUCUGCAGAAGGUCUUAUUAUUAGCAGACAGAGACAACUGGGCCUGCAGUUUGUCUGUGAAUAUCCUAUAAAACAAAGUUCUUCCAUGAACAUGGCGACCCAUGUCUUACAAAGUGUUAUACACCAGACGCUGCCUGCAACACAUGGGACAUACCAAGUUCAGAUCACUCCAUAUAAGGAUGCAAAGUUCACACAGAAGUUCAGUGGCAAUGUGACGGGCCAACCUGAUGAGAUGAUGUGCAUAUCGGUGGACGUGGAAGGAGUGGACAGCCGCCAGUUCUCCAGUGUACUGGACUCCUGUUGGGCCACACCCGUCAAUGAUUCAACUUCUUCCAACAACUGGGACCUCAUCACUAAUCAGUGUCCCAACCCGAAAGAUGGCACGGUGAAGGUGCUGCAAAAUGGCGUGUCCACAAGCAGCCGUUUCUCCUUCAGGAUGUUCACCUUUGGUGAGGCCCCCUCUCCAGUGUACCUCCACUGUAGCCUUCAUCUCUGCCUUCUGGAGCAAGGCCAAAGCUGCAUCCCGAACUGUGACCUUGUCGAUCAGCGCAAAGGCCGCAGAUCUGCAGGCAAUGAAGACGAUAUCGUUGUUUCUUACGGGCCACUAUUCUCUGAUGGGAAUACAGAUGUGCUGGACGUCCUGGAUCCACUGUCAAAGAGACUCUCGUAAUCUCUCGUAAAUAUCUGUAAUUUCCAUACCCUGUCCUGUCUUUGAUCUGCAACCAUGACUUUUAAAUAAAGACUUUUGACAAGUAAA